AUGACUCUCUACUACACUCUCGUGUUUAUGCUGCUCAUGGCAGAGAUGGGCCUGUUCAUGCUCCUGAUCGUGCCCCUUCCCUUCGCCAUCAAGCGUAGACUCUUUACCUUCAUCUCCGAGAGCCCCGUCGUCGCCAAGGUCCAGUACUGGAUGAAGAUCACGUUUGUCUUCAUCCUCAUUCUCUUUAUCGACAGCGUCAACCGCGUCUACCGCGUCCAGGUCGAGCUGGCGCUUGCUACCGAGAAGCAGAACAGCGGAGCCGCCGUCAUGGGCCACGAGCGCCUCGAGGUGCAAGCCCGCAAGUUCUACUCCCAGCGUAACAUGUACCUCUGCGGUUUCACCCUCUUCCUGUCCUUGAUUCUCAACCGCACCUACGUCAUGAUCCUCGAGGUCAUGCGUCUUGAGGACAAGGUCCGCAGCUACGAGGGCACCCAGGGCAACACCAAGCAGAGCGAGAAGCUCGCCGUUGCCGGUGACGCUGGCGAGAUUGCCAAGCUCAAGAAGGAGCUCGAGAGGAAGGACCGCGACAUCGAGACCCUGAAGAAGCAGAGCGCCGGCCUGCACAAGAGCUACGACGAGCUCUCCGAGCAGUACGGUCAGACGCAGCCCAAGGGCGACAAGAAGGCACAGUAA